GAGGGCAGAACUCUCUCGCUCCGGUCAUUUCACACACUGCUCUGGGAUAGGAAGGAAAGUUCUCCUCUUUUGUUUACUUUUCUCUCAUGGUAAGAGCAUACAGAUUGGGAGACUCAUUUAGAAGGGCUGUCUCCGCUUCUCCUUGAAUUCUUUCUUAGCCUUCUUAUCUGUCUGUGUGAGUGUGUUGUGGUUACUCAAGGCUCAGUGCCUCAGUGCCUGUUGCCAUUUCUUCAGGGGAGCCUCGUGAAAACCAGGAACCUCUCCAGCAUCAGAGGUUCUUGCAAUCCGACUGUAAAGAGAAAAGAGUCCAAAAAGCAUCUCAGCCAUGUGUUCCUUCAUCAAAAGAGUUUGAACUACUGAGUUGGCACCUUCUCUUGACUGCAGGUGGCCUUUGCUUUUGCUCCUGCUGCCAUGAGGUUUGCCAGAAGCGGUUGGCAAUUGGCACUGCUGCUGGCAUCCGUAGGCCUGGUAAAUUCUGGAAAAGGGAACGGUCAAGGGAGACGUGGGGGAGGCGAAAGGCGGAGGAAGCUUCACCAGGUGCAGUACGGUCAGUGCAGCUACACCUUCAUCCUGCCGGAGAUGGAGAGCUGUCAGGGUGGAACGGAGCAGAUGAGCGGGACCAGCGUGGUUCAGCGGGACUCCCCGCCGGCCGAUGGCGAGUGGUCCAAUCAAAAGCUGCAGCAUCUGGAGUCGGCCAUGGAAAACAACACGCAGUGGUUGCAGAAGUUAGAAAACUACAUCCAUCAGAAGACAGGGAUGGUGCAUUUUCAAGCUGAUGCAGUCCAUAACCAGACGGCCACUAUGCUGGAGAUCGGCACCAACCUGCUCACCCAAACCGCAGAGCAAACAAGGAAACUCAAUGUCGUUGAAGCCAAGGUUAUGAACCAGACAUCAAGAAUUGCAAUCCAGUUAUUAGAGAAUUCAUUGUCAACAAACAAACUGGAGAAGGAACUCUUAACACAGAUUUCAGAAAUCUCCAAACUUCAAGACAAGAACAGUCAUUUGGAGAGUAAAGUCUUGGUCUUGGAGUCACAGCAGAGGACAGAGCUGGAGGACAUGAGGGAGGAGAAGGAGCGGCUGCAGGACCUGGUGAAAAGACAGACAGUUGCCAUUACGGCUCUGGAGAGACAGCUGAGUGCGGCCAGCAGCAACAACUCAGUCUUACAGAGACAACAUCAGCAGCUCAUGAAGUCCAUACACACACUUAUCGGCAUGGUGUCUUCUGGUACAGGCUUCUCAUCAAAUGAGCAGCACUUCAGAGACUGUGCCGAGGCCUAUAAAUCCGGUCACAACACCAGUGGAGUCUACCACAUUUACAUCGGAGACAUGACCGAGCCAACCAAGGUCUUUUGUGAUAUGGUGACAAGCGGAGGUGGCUGGACGGUAUUCCAGCACAGAGCCAACGGAAAUGUGAACUUCCAGAAAGGGUGGAAAGACUACAAACUGGGUUUCGGUGAUCUUAGUGGAGAGCACUGGCUGGGUAAUGAGGCUGUUCACCUGAUCACCAGUCAAGCCCAGUACUCCCUCCGAGUGGAACUUAAGGACUGGGAGGAGAAUGGAGCCUAUGCUCUGUAUGACAAAUUCCAGCUCGCCGGUGAAAAACAACAGUACAGACUCUCGCUAGGAAGUUAUAGUGGAACUGCAGGACAGCAAAGUAGCUUAGCAUCAAACGGCACAGGCUUCAGCACUCGCGACGCUGACAACGACAAGUGUGUUUGCAAGUGUGCCCUCAUGAUGACCGGAGGCUGGUGGUUUGAUGCUUGCGGUCUGUCCAACCUCAAUGGAAUCUACUACACCGUGGGUCACAAUAUCCGCAAGCUCAAUGGGAUUAAGUGGCAUCACUUCAGAGGACCCAGCUAUUCACUCCGGUCCACUUCCAUGAUGAUCCGUCCAGCUGAUUUCUGACGAGAAUAAAUUAGCAUUGCCACAAGCUUGUCAUAUUGAUAAUGACAGGACAUAAAGUGCUUGCUUUGGGACAUAGAUGCAACAAGGUGGAGGCAAAUAAAGAUAUAAUUUAAUGGAUGAACAGCGAUGUUUCACUACAGAGAGCUGGAGUGGACAAAAACUAUCAGACUGAAUAUUCGGUUUCAUUACUACGCCACCAUAUUCUUUUUUACACAUUUAAACAUGCUUCACCGUUACACCUACUUUUGUCUUUCACCUUUACACCAACUUUUUGAGUCCAUGUGUGGCUUAUAACCUGAAACUCUUAGUGAUGGUGUCAAAAUGUGGCAAAAUUGUGGCAUGAUGUAAUUCCAAAGGAAAACAUUUCAAACCUAAUGAGUCUGAUUCCAGAACUGUUCUGGAUGUUCAAGAGGAAUAACCUUAAUUUCUAAAAGGUGCUAUUUUGUAAAAGAUAAUAGCUAUUAACAAUUUAGUGAGACAGAUGACUAGUUCCACUACCAUUCAGAAACUUGAGGUUGGUAAGAUUUUUAAUCUCUUAUAGUCACCAAGGAUGCAUUUAUUUGAUAAAAAUACAGUAUUAUAAUUUAAAAUACCUAUUUGAAUAUACUAUUUAAAUAUUUAAUUUUGAUGCUGAAUUUUCAGCAUCAUUACUCCAGUCUUCCGUAUCACAAGUUCCUUCAGAAAUCAGUCUAAAAUGCUGCUCAAGAAACAGUUCUUAAUUAUCAAUGUUGAAAACUGUUGUGCUGCUUAACAUUUUUGUAGAGAUCAUGAUACAUUUUUUUCUUUGUAAGUAUUCUUUGAUAAAUAGAACAAUGAAAAGAACAGCAUUUAUUUGAAAUAGAAACCUUUUAUAGCAUUAUAAAUGUC